CCAGGAGUUACGGCAUGGCCGCCAUGGAAGCUGAUGCUCGUCGCAGCACUUGACGUUUAAUCAGAACAUGUCAUUUUGCAGAUUUCAUUUUCACAAAUGGCAGACUCUUUUUUCGGUUUCGAUACCACGCUCGGAGAUAACAAUUUAGAGGAUGGACUAGAUUGUCCAUUGGAAGAAGAUGAAUUUGAAGAAGAAUAUGACGCUUUGAAUGAUGAAACAUUUGGCCCUGAUGCAGCUAUUGGCGAUUGGGAGGAAGAUCAUGAGAAGCUUGCUGAAAUUACAGAAUCAAAUCGUCCACAGAAUCAGAAUGCAACAAACAAAAAGAAUCUUUCUAAUAUAGAUAUCGAGGAUAACUUAUCACAUUUGGUACUGGAUAAAGAAGGAAUAGUUCCACGACCUGAUGUAUGGGGCAGUCCUUUGAAUCUAUCCCCUCCGAAGGCUCAACCACGGUUGUCUUUACCAACUUUGAAAAAUGCCUGUACUGUGGAAGAACUGGAAAGGGGGCUUGUUGCAAAUAGGCCACCUCCAGGUCUCAGUAAACCACAAACGCAACAACAGCAGAGAAAGUCUGAAGGUUCACUUCUCUUUGAGGCCCUAUCUUUGAACGAAAAAUUUCAGGUCAAUGGCCUACCUCCGACACGUUUCCCACCGGGGUUAGGUCUACCUGGGGCUCAUCCCAUAGUUUUGCCCAACAUAAGAGUUCCGCAUCCUCAAUUGAUGCAACCUCCUAGAUUAUUAGGCUUAAUUAAUCAAACAGGCAACAUGUUACGUUAUCCUCUACCGCCGCAUUUAAUGUUAUCACAACCAGUACCGAGGCAACCCCUUCAUAGCUCCUAUAAUUUUCCUCAACCACCACAUCCUAACUUAGGAGGUCCGCAGUUUCUCCGGCCAGAUCACAUGAUGUCUGCAUUUCCUAAUAAUCAAGCCAAUCAUCAUCCACAACACCAACAUUCUUAUUUAGGAAAUCAGAGAAAUCAAAGACCUUACUAUCAUAAUGAUCAACAAGCCGGACAUCAACCAUUUUUUAAGAAUAAUCAAUAUCCUCAACGCAGUCAUGACAGAACUAAUCAGAGACACUAUCAUCAACAUUAUUCUCAUGGCAUUAAUGGUAAUGCUUCGGGAGAGUAUGAACUCUCAGGAAAACUUGCUAUAAAAGCUCACGAGAAACAAUGGCUAAUCAAUAUACAAUUGUUACAACUUAAUACAAUUCAACCAUAUGUUGAUGACCACUAUUAUAUUGUAUUCUGCGAUAAACGGAACAAGCGACAUGUGAAUCAAGAACAGAAAGAUAAAAAACACCAUAAUAACAAUGGGUAUCACAGGGAUCAUAGAGAUUGGGAGCCAACAUCCCAAGCUCCCUCAAGAUCAGCAUAUACACCAGCUCAAUUUGAGAAUUCAUUAGGCAAACUUCAUUGCAGUAGUGUUACGGCACCGCGCAAACUUAUCGAUAUGGAUGUCGUGUCAAAUAGCGAAUCUCAGUCUAAUUCUCAAUCACAACAAAAAGAUACUAAAAAAACACGCCAAUUGCUCCUUGAAAUCGAAAGGCUAUAUACACUGCUAUUCAAACUCGAGGAUCUGAGCAAUCCUCUUGCUUCAAUUCCGGAGCCGCAACAGCAGCAGGAAGGAGAAGUUGAGACAAAUACAAUUAAAACGGAACCAGAAUUAAUUAGCAUGACACUAUCAUGUCUGCAACAAUUAAUACAAGAUGAUAAAUUAGCUAGUAUGCUAAGUAUUCGAAAAGGAAAGACAUUAUUACUGCGUUUUUUACCUCAUCUGAAUGUGACAGAAUAUAAUAAGCAGUUAAGAGAAUUGUGGACUGCAAUAUUUAAAGGAUUAGCCGUGAUAGGACGUAGAGAUUGUCAUUUAUUAACGGAUUUUUAUUCCGAAUUUCGGAGAUGGCUUAAUACUGUGAAAGAUUUUGAUACAGUAUUGCGAUUAGCAAGAGCAUUAUCGGACUCGGCUACUCAUCCCGUCAAAAACAACAGUUUAAGUUUUGCUCUUAUGAAUAAGUUUGGUGUAUCUGCAAUAGCAACAAUGCUCGAGCAAGCAGAACAAUUAUGCGCCACAAACGAUUCCCUGCCUUCUGAAUGGUCAACUUUUAUAGAAACGAUAGUUGAUAUAAUUGGUGCUUCGUCACCCUGCAUUAUACCUUGUCAACCGAUUGCUGCAAAUACGCUCAAUAAACAUCUGAAUCGGAUUUCCAGUUUAAAGAUAGAAAGGUAUACAACGCUAGUGCGCUUGUUGACUGAUACCAAUCCUUUACGAUAGUCUAACAUUACAAAAGUUACAUUUGGCAGACUUUUUUUUUUAAUUUCUCUUUUCUUUCAACAUAUGAAAAAUAUAUAUAUAUAAAUUAUGCUAAAAAAAAUAAUACAUACAGACAAAUAUUUUAAUAUAAUUACUAAUGUUAUCGCAAAAUAUCCACUAUGUAUCAUAAUAUUUCUAAUAGAUGCCAUGAUUUUACAAAGUAGAUUAAGUAUUUGACGAGAGAUAUUAAAAAAAAAAAUUUAUAUAUAUAAAUAGAAAUUCUGAGCAUCCUGGUGCACAAUGAAGUUUCUUACUCGUAUAUAUGUGUAUAAUAUAUAUCAUCUUUUACUUGUAUAUUUUGUACACAUUAAUCAGUCUUUGAACUGAUAAUCAGUAGCAUAAAGAAGCCAUUAUAUAUAUCAGACAAAAAUAAACGUGCAUCAGAGAGAUAUAGUAGAGUUGCAUGCCAAUAAUCUUUUUAGGAUGAUUUUUUAAAUUAUAGUAUUCUUGAUUCUACUCUGUGUAAAAUUGGUAUCUAAUAUACGAUAUAAGGGACAAUUGAAAUAAUCACCUUGAUUUAUUUCAUCAAUGCAUUGAUUCAUUUUUCAUCAUAAACCACACAGCCAAAUCAAGAUGAUAAUUUCAAAUGCGUUUACUAUAUUAAACUAUAUUAAACUACACAUCCUAUUUUCCUAUGUUACAUUUUAUAUUUCUCUCUUUUUAAUUAUCAUAUUAAAGCAUUUUAUAUAAUAUAUAUUAUAUACAUCUAAAAGAGCAAAGAGUAUAAGUUCUUCUACCAUUUAAAUUAUUGGUUAUAUAAUAUAUAGCUCUUUAAAUUUACUUGGACAUGUAUUCGUACGACUUCUUUUUUUUAAUGAAAACUUUGAAUUUUCUAUUUAGACAUAUAUGUUGAUAGUUUUAUAUGCAUGAAAAAUAACUGUUUUUCUUUAUUUUUUUAAAAAUAAAUUUCUAAGCGAAUUCAGUUGGAUGCAUUAGUGCAUACUGGUGUAUAUAAAAGUUGUACAAAAUUAUGAUGACAAAAAUAAUUAAAAAAGUAAAAUUAUUAAAACUAAAAGCUAUUAUUAUUUUUAUUAAAGAACGAAUAAUGAUAAAACUCAAUAUUAAUAUUAAUGUUUUCAUUACUUAUGAUUAUUGUAAAUUUGUGUAUAACAUUUAAAAAUGUGUGCAUCCAACCAAAUUAGCUAUACAUUUUUUUUCAAUUACUUAUUUUAUUCCAUAUGUAAAAGAAUAGAACAUUAGUAUUUAUAUUAACAGCUUUGAAUAAAACUUAUGCUAUUAAAUGUAUUUUUUAAAGUUUAGUUUUAUGUUUAUUCUGCAAUUAAUAAAUAUACGUAUAUAUACGUAUAUAUAUUGAUGUAUAUUAUAUUCACGGAAGAUGAGGCAUAGGAUGUGUACGUUUUUACUAUUGUUUAUAUAAAAAGCAAAAUGUACGUUAUUAUACGCAUCGUUAUGAACGAAAUUAAUAGUGCUAAAAAGAAAAAAAAGUUGCUAUCAGUGUACAGAUGACAUAUUUUGGAAAUAAUGACAGAUAAUCAUUUACAUCGCACUGUUAAGAUGUAAUUACAAAGACGGGAGACGGAGACAACAAUUGCAUAAGUUAGUUAUCAGCAGUAAAACUGUAAUAGUCUUUUUAUAAAACUUUGUAUUAUAUAAGUACCAAAAUUAAAUUUCUAUCGGUUUCGACAUCAGAAGCAUGUGAUAACAUAAACUUUAAUCUAGUUAUAAAAGACGUUAUAGUCCCAUCAGUUUAGGAAGUGUGAUCUUUUUUUCCUCUUGGAUACGAUAGCUAUUGUUAAGUCAGUGGCAUCUUUGUGAUUGUAUAAUGAGAGGAAGAGAAAAAAGAAGCGACGAUUUGUAAUUGCAAUGUGUGUUUUCUGGCAGUACCGUAAGAAUUUUAAAAAUAAUCUGAAAUGUAUGACAUGGCCUUUAGAGUACUAAAUAAGAUAAUUACUUUUUAUCGCAAUUUAACUAUGAUCUUAUUUAUGUACUUCUAGCUUGUACAUAGAGCGAUAUUGAUGCGUGAAUGACUGGAUACAUUUUGUAAUCAAAGUGCAGAAAUGCAAAAAUAUUUAGGUUUCUGCGAUGUCGCAUGACAUAUUAAUAUUAUAAUAUUUUGUGAAAACAAUUUUUAAAACUAGCGUUCUUGUUAUUACUUUGUAGUUUUAACGAGUAUAAUAGUGAUAAUUCAUCCGAACGAUAUUUUUGAGUUGCAUUGAUAUUUUGUAAAGAAGAAAUUAUUGAAAUCCAUAAAUAAAAAAUUGCACAUAACAGUUUUAAUUUUGCACACAUGUAAAAACAUAAUUCGUAUUAUUAUUCACAAAUAUUUUGUCAUAUCAGUUUUUUUACUGUAAAAUAAAUUGUUUUAAUCUAUUCGGCCACUACAAUUGAAUAUUAAGAUAUAUUCCAAUUUUAUUACAUUUACACAAAUUAAGUUAUGUUAUCACAUAUGAAUAGCUGUUUAUAUAUAACAGCUUUAUAGAUAACAGCAAUUAUUUCAAUGCGAUUAGCUGUAUGAUUUAACUGAUAUACAUAAUAAACAAUGUUAUGAUUUUUUCUAUUGCUAUUAUUAAUUACAUUAGACAAAUAGAACUUUUACAAUUAUGAAUUGUACGAUAUUGAACAAAAAGUAAAUUGAACCAGAUACUCGUUAAUAUAUAAUUCAAAAAGUUUUGCUCUAACUUUUUCAUUACUUUAUUAAGCUGAUAAAGAGAAAUAAAGUUUAUGUUUUUACAUAAGCAAUGCUAAGAAUCUAAGGGAUACAUGAUUGAUCCCAUUAGUUUAUAGAAAAUGAUGCAUGUCUGAAAAGUCCAAGAGUUGCAUUACAUUCUUCUUACUACGUAACUGGGCUUACAGCUUCGGAGAAUAGACUUAGUUGUAGAUGCAACAUGUUUAUCAGUUAUUUUGUAAUUUCGAGUUACUUCGAAUUUUUAAAUAAUUUUAAGAUUGAUAGAAAAACAUGUGUUUUAGAUUUAUUUUAUGACUUCUUAAAUUUCACUCCACCGAUUAUACUAUUUUCUUAAGGGCUAUUAAAAAUAUAUAUAUUUGGUAAAGCAAUGCGCCCGUUCAAACUACAAUAGUUAUAAAAUUUUAUUUUUUUUUUUUACCAUUGUCAUGUUUAUUAUAAUAACUAACUGAACUGUAUUGCCUUUAUAGUUUUUUCAUUAUUGCCUCAGCGCCAAUUGUUGCAAAAGUUCGAUAUUAUGUUGCUAAUGCAAUAAAUGUAUCAAAAAUUCAUACUACACAGCAUAACAAUAUAGAAUGAAUAUAUUAAAAUUAUGUAGCGACAAAAUAAUUUUGUUGUUUAUAAGUACCGUAUGCUUUAGUACUAAUCAGAUACAUAUUUGUUUCUCUUUUCUCAAUAUAUAUACAGAUAUGAGAGAAUAUUACAAUAUUGUAACAAGCGAUGUUUCAUAUUUUUUGUUUGUCUCAUGGAAAUCGAAACUUUUGCCAAUGGAAAAGAACAUGCAAAUAUGUCUUCUUGUAAAAUAGAUAAAAUAAUUAAAAAAUUGCGAGGUUUAAUUUUGGAUUAAAGAUAUAUUUUUAUAGACACGUUACGUUUAUUAUGUUCAAACGAAAUAUAUGUAAUGGAGUACUACAAAAUCGAGGUCGUUAAAUUAACUUAAAAAAAAAUCCUACAAGUUUAUUAUCUAUAUUAUCUAUAUAUUAUGUACCCGUGAUACGCGCCUGUACAUUAAAAGAAAAAAAAUUGAUUGUAAAUUUAUAACACAAUCUGUGAGGAUAUAAUUGUAGCUGUUGUGUAUGUACAGAAUUGAUCUAAUUUGAAAUCAAAGUCUUAAAUAAAUGUUUUGCAUCCUACGUAUAUAUAAA